AUGGAGAGUAUCCAGCUUCCAGAUUACCUUGCAAUCAACAACAUUGCCUUUGAAUGGGCCGAUAGCAUCGACAAAAAGGAAUGGACCAGAUUUCUAGACAUCUUAGCGCCAACCCUCAUGGUGGAUUAUAGUAUCAUUGGUCUAAAAUGCUUCCCAGACAUGAACGCCGAGGAAUUCCUUGCUAUGGUGAGCUCUCCUACACUUGUAGGAGAUCCUCUGAUUCGCACGCAGCAUCUUAUCGGUGCUGCAAAAUAUGAAAAGGUGUCAGACUCGGAAAUUGUGGCAGUCCAUCAGAUUCGUGCUGCGCAUCAGCGCUACAAGGACCUUGAUCGGACUACGGUGGCUUACCAAGGCCAUAACUAUGGCAGCGUGAAGCAUUGGUAUAAGAAGAUUGAUGGGGUUUGGAAACUUGCUGGAGUACAGCCUGAAAGUUAUUGGCUUGAGCAUGACUUUGAUAAGAUCUUUGUCCAAUCGUCUGGAGAGAGUUGA